AUGCCUCGCUCCAGCCGGGCACUUGUUUGCCUGUCCCUCGUGGCCGCGGGAUACGUGGUCACCCGGCUCGGGGCCUUUGUGGCUGCGCCGACCACACCAAAGACUCCACGGACGCAGCUCCAGGCGAGGGGAGGCGGUGAGUAUGACGUCAGCGAUGCUGACAUUCAGACCUUCUACUCCUCGUUGCUGACUGGCAGCGGAGGCGAUCCCCCAAAAGGGACUGUGCUGUCCGAGCUUGUCGUGAAAUUCUUCCAUGGCGAGUUCACACCUCAGGGCUUCAAGCGCUACUCCGGGCUUUGGAAGGGCCCACCCCCAGGCAGCAUCGGCAAGAAGGACAUCUCUGUGGGAGUCCAAGGGCUCAAAGCGCAGAUGGCAAACCCAAUGUUUGUGACAAAGGGGGGUGUGGGCUACGGCGUGGACGAGACGCAGAAGGUUGUCGAUGACGGCAAGGGAUGGGUGUGGCUCGCGGCUGAGAUGAGCCCCGGAGGCCUCGCUUUGGAGCUCUUCAAGUCCGUCCCUUAUGGCAAGCGCGCCCUCUUGGUCGCCAAGCAAAGCAACGUCGACGAGCUUUUCAACUCCGUGAAUUGGGACGUCGCGCUGGCCAACGUUGAGAAGACCUUCGGCGGGCCUCAGAUCAAGCAGCGGUGA